GUCCAUGUUCGUGAUGGUUGUCAUGUGCAGCGCUAAAUGAAUAGAGGCUUGUGAUCUGUAAUUUCUUGCAAAAGUAUAGCGGAGAGAUUGCACUGUUGUCAGUAUAAAACCUGUCACUUCUAUUCAGUGUAUAUCAUUUCGCGUUUGGUCUUCGAAGCGACGAGUGCAGUGUGAGCAUUAAGUGAAAUAAAUUGAGACGAACAACUUAUAAAGAAUCUCAAGCUCAGCUAACGCCGAGUAAUCUGUGUGAAUUGCGUUCUUGCAAGACAGAGUUUAAGUUGUAAAAAUUGCAUGCCGCACGGCUGUACGUUUUUACGAGACACUUGUGGAUUUUACGGACAAAUCUACAGUCAGAAAUGGCCCUAGAGACACCAACAUGGCUGAAUCUGUGCUUCAUGGAGAAGGCCCUGCGAAAGUCGGAAAACGACAAUUCGAUCCAAGUGAUCGAUAUAUUCUCGAAACCGGCCACGAACAAGGGUGACAACUAUACCAGUGACAUGAUCAGGGUUAAUGUGGAAUAUUCACGUGACCAAAGCGGCCGUAAAAUCACGGAAAAAAAAUCUGUCAUUGUCAAAAUUGCGCCUACAAUAGAAGGCGUUCGUAAAGAACUUAUUAUGCAAUCGCGUAUUUUUCAUACGGAGAUAUUGAUGAUGACAGACACCUUGAAUAAAAUGAACAAGUUGUUAGAGCCCAAGUAUCGUUUGAGCGGGAAAGGCAUGUACGUGCAAAACGAUGAUCCAACUCUUUUAGUGAUGGAAGAUCUCGCACCUCUCGGAUAUCGCAUGGCAUGUCGUCAAACUGGUCUUGAUCUAAGUCAUUGUAUAUUAGCGAUACGCGGAUUAGCCAGAUUUCAUGCAACCUCUAUAGCUUUAUGCGAGAAGGAACCAAACCAAAAACAAAUGUAUUCGAGAGGAAUGUUUAACAGCGAACACCCGCCAGAAAUGACUGGAUUUUUCGUUCUGGGUACUACACAACUAGCAAAGGAAAUGGCAAACUGGCCAGGCAUGAAAAAGUACGCGGAUAAAGUUGCUAAAUUGGCCGACAAAAUAUAUCAAAUAGGAAUAGAGGCAUGCAAGUUUUCCGAGGAUGAGUUCAACGUUAUCAAUCACGGUGAUUGCUGGGUGAACAAUAUGAUGUUCAAAUAUGACGAUGAUGGCAAACCUAUUGAUCAUAUUUUUGUGGACUUUCAACUAUGCGUAUACACGUCACCGGCGGUCGAUCUCCUCUAUUUCCUCAGCACGAGUCCUUCUCCGGAUGUCAUUGAAAACAACAGAGAUAUUUUGUUUAACGAAUACAUGAGUACUCUGUCGGCGACUAUGAAACAACUAAAUUGCGAAACGCAGCCUCCUACUUUGGAAGAGCUGAAGGCUGCCUUAAGGCGAAGAGCUGCCUAUGGAAUGAUAUCAUCAUUCACCAUAUUACCGUUAAUAAUGGUCGAUAAAAAUGAAGCAAAAGAUUUAGAUGAGAUUAUGGACACAGAUGGCUAUGUGAAUCCGGGUUAUAAGAAUGAAGUUUAUCAAAAAAUUAUAAUGAAGAGAAUAUCUAUGUAUGACGAAUGGGGUUUAUUAGAUAUGUGAUGUAUUUAAUCUGUUAUGUUAAAGAACACAAAAAAGGAUUCUAUUACAAAUGAUAGGCAUAGAAAGUUAUUGCACUCAUCGCGAGAAUAUUGAAAUCAAUUGCGGAUAAUCUAAAAUGUUAAUCCUAAAUUAUCUCUCAUUUUUUAAUUCAUUAUUUUAAUAAAAAAAUGUCAUAAAUGUUACACUAUAUCGAUUUAUUAGAGGUUACGAAAUAUGUUUAAGUGCAUACAUAUGUCUUCUUAUAUAAAUAUUAUUCAAUUAUUAACAUGUUAAAAUUAAUGUUAGCGAAAAAAACUAUAUAAAUAAACAAUACAAAUAAUUAUUCAACAAUUA